AUGGCUUCUAUAGCAGAGAGCGUGUCUGGAGCAGGAAGAACUAGGGGAUACGCUUCGGGUGUGAAGGACGACUCGAAAACGGAGGGAGUCAGGAAUCGAGCUGGGCUAGCUUCUACCCAGGUCGAGUCCCACUCAAACUCCCACUCUCAUUCGCAUUCUCACUCCCAUUCCCAUUCACAUUCACAUGGAAUCUUUUCCGGAGGUCAUCAUCACCACGACCAUUCGGAAGGAGCUGGGGAGAUCAUCGCGGCGUUGACGGGAGAGAAGAAGGAUAAGGGGAGUCGGAUUACCUUGUUGGGUCUGGCAAGUAACGUCGGGUUGACGGUGACCAAGGGGGUCGCGGGGAUAUACAUGAAUUCGGCUUCCUUGCUGGCCGAGGCUGGUCAUAGUCUUUCCGAUUUGCUAGGCGAUUUUGUCACCCUGGCUACGUGGAAGAUUUCCAGGAGACCGCCUUCCGCCGAGUAUCCCUGGGGUUAUGGGAAAUUUGAGACGGUCGGUACAUUGGGCGUCAGUCUGAUCCUCGUCGGAGGCGCGAUCGGGAUCGGGUUGCAUUCAUAUCACCUACUCUUGCAAGUCAUGCUCCCUUACCUCGACUCGCUAGAUCCGUCCAGCCCGUUGGCACAGAUCGUCCCCUUCCUGCCCAAAUCGAUCCCCUCACCCCUGCUUGAGCUGUUCCACGAUCACUCGACGCAUGCUGGUGCAUCCCAUUCCCACGCUCACGAAGCCAUCUCAGCGGUCGCGCCUGGUGGAGCCGGUUUGGAAGGCGCCUUGACGCACGAGCACGAACAUGGGAGCGUGUUGAACCCGCAUGCGGCGUGGUUCGCUUUGAUGAGCGUUAUCGUCAAGGAGUGGUUGUACAGGGCGACCAAGCGGGUGGCGGAUGAGGAACACAGUCCGGUCUUGACAGCCAACGCCUUACACCACCGAUCAGACGCCCUUACUUCCGGUGUAGCCCUUUGUUCAAUCCUCGGUUCCGCAGCGGGUGCGCCCGUACUCGACCCGCUCGGCGGACUGGCCGUGUCGUUCUUCAUCCUUCAACAAGGUCUGUCGCUCUCCCGGGUGGCUGCGUUGGAGAUGCUUGACAAGGGUGUAGAUGCUGCGACGCGAGACGAGAUUGUUAGCGUGGUGAAACCGCUCGUCAACCAGGACAUUACCCAGGGCGGGUUGAUCGGGGUCAGGAACGUCCGGGCCGUCAAGAGUGGGGGCCUGUCAUCGAUCGACCUGACCAUCCUCGUCUCCCCCGACAUCUCGGUCCGAGAGUCACACGAUAUCGAAUCCCGAGUCCGAGAACGGAUCAUGAGCGAACGUAAAGACGCGAGGGAGGUCAAGAUCCACAUACACGGUGUCGAGCCCGGCGAGAUGGAAGUGCUGAAAGAGGAGAAACGCCAGGGAGGGAGCGAUUUCGGGAGGGACGGGUGUUAG